AGAAAGUGCUCAAGUGCACUGUCUCUUGGAUAUUCUAACAACUCCCAUUGGGGCCUAUGUAAUAAAGAAACAAAGACUGUUCUUUCCAGAUCAGUACAACGAUUCUACAAAAAUCGGGAAUCCAGUGGGAGGAAUUGGCUCAAGGUCAGCUUUAACAACUAAAAAAAUAAGAAAUUUAUUUAAUUAUUUUAUGAAACCUGAUGAAUUAUAA